GUGAAUACCGAUUUAAAUUUCUAUUGCCGGAAGGUUUUCUUGUCCGUGUUUGGUUUGUCUGUAAUAAGACUGGUGCCGAAGAAAGUAGUCAUCAUGGCGGCCGUGUUCGUUCCCUUGCGGCGCGGAAUAAGAGAACUUUCUGGGAAAACAUCGUCCGUAAGGUUUCCUUUUCACAGAUCAAGAUCAAGGCAGUUUCACCCACGAGAAAGAACUCCCGGCCAGAAUGGAAGAACAUCCGGAAAAAAUGAAAAUCAGCCCGAAAUUUCAGACGAUGUCAGUAAAUUACGGAUGAUUGUGCGUCCUUUGGGGUUCACAGUGCUGACAGGAGUAGUGAGCUUUGGAACAUGUUCAAUUAUAAACUAUGAACGAGUCAGAAAUUUGUAUGUGCAAGGAAAAAGAACAAACAAGUCUUCUUCUCAUUCUUCCAAGUCAUUUGACUUCCGCAAUAUGUUAAAUAAAUGGUGGAACUCUUUGCAUGGAGGCUCAAAGACAGCAGCUGUGAUUAUCUUCAUAAACACAGCAGUGCUUUUGUUAUGGUAUCAACCUAGAUUACAUUUGUUCAUGUACAAGUGGUUUACAACAUCUCCAUUCUCAGGCUCAAGUCUGACAAUGCUGACAUCUGUCUUUAGUCAUAAAGAAAUCUGGCAUUUAUCUAUCAACAUGUUUGUGCUCUGGAAUUUUGCACCUCAUUUAGAAGCUCUUCUUGGCAAAGAACAGUUUAUUGCAUUUUACAUUACUGGAGGUGUUUUUGCUUCAUUCUUGAGUCAGGCAUGCAGAAUUGGUUUCACCAAUGCAUUUCGUGUAGGUGCUUCACUAGGAGCGUCAGGGGCAUUGCUUGCGUGUUUAUCGCUUGUGUGCAUCAAUGAACCAGAUUUGCGCUUGUCUAUUGUGUUUCUGCCGUUUUUUACAUUCCCUGCUGGAGUGGGCCUCCUAGCUGUAGCUGGCUUUGACUUGCUAGGAUUGUUGAUGCGUUGGAGAGUGUUUGAUCAUGCGGCACAUCUCGGUGGUGUUUUAUUUGGGGCGCUAUACCUAAAAUACGGAAGUUAUUAUAUUUGGCAGAAGCGUGGCUGGUUCGUUUCUGAGUGGCACAAGCUGCGAGAGGGAAGCAAAAGAACUUGAAUCCUGUAACAUCUGUAGGACGCAUCUUCAGAUCUUCUGUCUUAAAUAAGAAGAAACGGGUCUGACUACGCAGAAAGCCUCUUAUAUGCGCACAUGUUGGAAACUUUACCGUCUUGUUUUAAACGAGAGCUUUUUUCAAGAAAGACAUCGAUUUUGGUUUCCCGUGCAAAAGCGGCUCGCGAUAGAUCCCAGGGAGGGAUGCCAAGGCUUUAUUGUUUGCUUGAUGUUACCGCCAACAGGCUUGUCUGUUUGAUCAAAGGGGGAAGUUUCUAAAGAUACUGUUAUGCUGCGUCGGUGUGAGAGUGUAACAGGGUAAUUUAGUAUUGCCAACUGAGUUGAUAACGUAAAUUGGCCACCGUUAAGAGUUUCGAAGCUGACGUUUCGAGCGUUAGCCCUUCGUCAGAGCGAAUAAGGGCUCCCUAAAACCCCUCCCCUCCCCCCAUUCACUCUGACGAAGGGAUAACGCUCGAAACGUCAGCUUGUAGACUCUUUACAGUGGCCAAUUUACAUUAUCAACUCAGUUGACAAGACUGAAUUACCUUGGUUGCUUGAUUUACUUGAAAGAUGACAAAGUCGUAUAAAAUUUGCGAGGAGAACUUAUGGAUGGUUUCUAAUCCCGUAUUGCAUCUUAGGACCUCGUCGGUCACUUGCACAGAAUAUUGACUCCCUUCCUGUAUUUGAUAAUUCUGAAAAUAUGUUAUUUUCAGCGCUAAGAUGAUCUGUCUUGAAACAUAAGCUUUCACUGUUAUACCGAGUAUGCGCAAACCACUAAUCUAAAAGAGAUAUGGGACGGGCCAAUCUCGUUCUCAGCGCCACUCGGUUUUUCUUAUGGUCUUUCGUGUCGCCGACCACGUGACCAAAGAAAUGAGGACUCCUCAAAUGAGAAUGAGGUAAGGCGAGUUACAGCCGCCAGUGAGUUUUUUUUCUCCUUUACGUGAGGGAACACAGGACGCGAUUGUCGCCUCGUCUCAAUGUCCUGUCCUAGGCUCCAACCCCCUCUCAUCAGCCCACGCUUUCCUUUGGAUAACUCUUUAUGUUUCAUUAUUUACUGGAAACGCAAAUUUACGGAAUCUAGCAGCUGUUUGUAAAUGGCCAAGAUCGUUUUCAAGGGAAAAAAACUAAAAAAGCAUCGUUAAUACAUUCUGACAAUAUCAAACAAACAAACUUUUGAAGAAAUGUAAUUCGGUGUUAUUAACUGAGUUGACGAGGGGAGAACGCUUGAAACUUUUAACAGUGGCCAAUUUACGUUAUCAACUCGGUCGAUAAUACAAAAUUACCUUGUUAUACUCUCCCACCGACGCAGCACCACGGCUUCUUUAGAAACUUGCCUCCUUUAUUUGGAAGAAAUGUACGAGUUUACUUUGACGAAGAAAACAUGAUGCGCUAAAGUAUAAGUUCAUUUCUUAAAUUUAAGAUCAUUAAAAUUAUUGAAAAAAAAUGACCAAAACUACCAAUAGAAAAGCAUUUUCUUGCUUCCGA